AAAAAUAUUAAAAAUAAAAAUAAAAUAGAUUCAAAGGUCCAAAAAAUAAAUAAUUUGAUAAAUGAUAAUGUUGUGGCUCAAACAAAGAAGAGACAAUAUAGUCAAAUGAAUGAAUGCUUUGUGUUGCUUUCAGAUUGUAAUGAACACAAAAAAAGUCAUAAAACUCACAAGGGUUCCACUGGAAAUAAUACAAAGAAUAGUGCACAUAUUGACAAAGAUUAUUCAUCAAUGUUAAAAACCAAAGAACAAAACAUUAAAAAAAAAAAGAAAGAUUCUAAGGCCCAAAAAAUAAAUAAUUUGAUAAAUGAUAAUGUUGUGGCUCAAACAAAGAAGAGACAAUAUAGUCAAAUGAAUGAAUGCUUUGUGUUGCUUUCAGAUUGUAAUGAACACAAAAAAAAUCAUAAAUCUCACAAGAGUUCCACUGGCAAUAAUACAAAGAAUAGUUCAGAGAAUGAUAAAGAUUAUUCAUCAAUGUUAAAAACUAAAGAACAAAAUAUUAAAAAAAAAAAGAAAGAAGAUUCUAAGGUUCAAAAAAUAAAUAAUUUGAUAAAUGAUAAUGCUGCGGCUCAUACUAAGAAAAGACAAUAUAGUCAAAUGAAUGAAUGCUUUGUAUUGCUUUCAGAUUGUAAUGAGCAUAAAAAAAAUCAGAAAUCUGACAAGGCUUCUACUAGGAAUAAUACAAAGAAUAGUUCAGAGAAUGACAAAGAUGAUUUAUCAAUAUUCAAAACUCAAGGAAAAAAGAUUAAAAUAAAUAAUAAGUAUAAGGCCCAAAAAAAAAAUAAUUUGGUAAAUGAUAAUGUUGCGAUUGAUACAGAGAAGAAACAUAGUCAAUUAAAAGAGUGUUUUGUAUUGCUUUCAGAUUUUAAUAAAAACAAAAAAAUUAUUCAUAAACCUAACAAGGCUUCUUCUAGAAAAAAGACAAUGAUUGGUUCAGAGAACAACAAAGAAUAUUUAUCAAUGUCAAAAAUAUAAAAAAAAAUAUAGAAUAAGAAUGCUGUGGUUCAUACAAAGAAGAGAAAUUAUAAUCAAAUAAAUUAGUACUCUUGUAUUGCUUUCAGUCUUUAGAUCUUAAUGAUCACACAAAAAUAACACUCAUAAGAUGGACAAUGCUCAGUAAACAAUAUAUAUUUUAAUUGUUUACAUUUUUUUACAUUACUUAUAAACAAAUUUGUCCUUUCCAAAAGUAUCAUGUUUUAAUAUGUAUGAAUUACUAGUUAAAUAAAGUGUAAAAUUUAUGUUUAUUUCAA